AUGGCCGAGGGUGUGACGACGAGUGCCUGUGAAAACGAACGCAGACGACGAGAGUGUGAAAUAGUGGACGUCGAGAAGAGACGCAGAGUUUGCCGCUUAUAAAAAUGAGAGAGGGCCGCAGAGAGCUCAGUUUCCUUACCAGUGCUUCUCGCUUCAACCAGCCAACUCCAACAAUGUCGACGUUGAUUAGUAAUAAUAAAAACGACAGUAAUUUUAAUCUGUAAGUUCUACAUUCAGUGUUAAGUUGCUGAAUAUCUCCUUUACAGUUUCUCCUCCAACUCGUCGAGCGGGCCCGGCGAAGGCGGAUGGUGUUUUUGACGCCCCUCCACAUGUAACUCCGUAUAAAGAAGAAGUUAGUCAACUUUUAAUUAGGAAUAUGCUUUGACUUGUGGUUCAAUUAUGUCAAAACACGCGAGAAAAAAUAUGAUUAUAGACGAUCCGACGUGUAAAAGCAGUUUCGCCAUCAUGGGGCUGUGGAAUGCCGGACAAAGAAACGUUGGUUGUUGUCAUGCCUGCGGAUCAAAAACACAACGGUCUUUCGAAAGAAAAGUUCGUCGACUUGCUCGAGUUUGCCGAAGAUAAAUUGCGUACGUUUUUAUGUUUUUUUUUUCCGUUUCCCGUUUAAAAUUCAAAUGUAUCUGUAUGAUGUAAGAGAUGGGAUUUCCAAAAUUCUUGAUAUUGUUUCUUGGUAUUUCUUCUUCCGAACAAUUUUCGUUUCAAUUUUCAAUGAACCAAUCCAUGUCGCGUGAGCAACUUUAGAGCGCUGAUUCCAACCAUUGAUAACGAUAAAGAUGCGCGCUUGGUGAUGGAAUAGUUUCAUAACGUUUCGCAACAGGGCAUCAAAGUUUUAAGUGUUUUUUCGGUAGAUUUCUGAUCAAAUUUUUCGGAAAGUUUUUUUUAAAAUUCGACUGAGUUUUUUUAAACUUUUUUUUUUCAUCUUUUGAUAAUGAUAAUCUUCCCCUGUCAAGUGAAAAUUAGAAAUCAGCAUUUUAAUUCGUUAGGAGUAUCAAGAAAAGUCAAAACCUGAAUUAUGAUAUUUUUCAUCGAGAACUCGAGUUUUUUUUUUCGAGCGAUUCCCGAUUUUUGCGCCUUCAAAUUUCGCAAUGAGCUGUUCUGAGAGAAGAUUAAAAAUUGAAAAUCUUUUUCACUUUUUUGAGUUUUGCCGAACCAUUUUGAACACGUCAUAAGGUCACUCUGAUUGAGUUUUUUUAAUUCUCGUCAUACCCCUUUAGUUUGCAUUACCAUGAAUGCUUAUUUUUUUUUUUCAAGUUUCGUGUCCCAAUCCUAUGCGAAAAGAACAGAAACCGUUACUUUGACCGUUUAAAUUUUUUAAAGAUCUGUCGAGUUCAAAUUGUGGUUUCUGAAAAAUUAUGAAUUUCACUUUUAAAGGGGAAGAAACCUUUCUUAAUCAAUGAAUAUCUUUUCAGAGGUUUCACGAGUACUUGCUGUUUUCGAGAAGCAGGGCCUUUCCAUGACGGAAGGCUUCCCACGGACGCUUCGCUAUGUCGGCUUCCGCGUCCUUUCACCCGAAGCCUAUCCCAAUUGCAUCACUGCUGACGUCCACUUUGUCAUGUGUUACCGCGUUUAA